AUGGCUUCUUUCGCACUCAUCACGGGCUGCAGCGGCGGGAUCGGCAAACAGCUCGCGAUCGCAUUUGCAGAGAGGGGAGUCACAGUCCUCGCCACAGCACGGCGCACCGAGUCCCUCAACGAGCUAACAAGCAAGUACGACAAUAUCGAAGCUUUUGCGCUUGACCUCGACAAUCUAGCAAACAUCAACAAGCUUAAGGAUGCUGUAUCCAAGCGCACGGGUGGCCGCUUAGACUUCCUCGUCAACAAUGCAGGGACACACUACGCAUCGACAGCGGUGGAUCUAGAGAUAGAAGAGGUCGUCAAGCUGUUUGGUGUCAAUCUUUUCGCUGUCAUGCGACUUUGUCAGGAUUUCGUGCCGCUUCUUCGUCGCUCGCCCCGUGGACGAAUUGUACAGAUUGGAAGUGUGACGCGGGAUAUACCUGUGGUAUGGCAAGGGCCGUAUAAUGCGUCCAAGGCUGCUCUGAGUCAAUACUCCAAGACACUUCGACUAGAGAUGAAACCAUUCGGUAUUGAGGUGAUCGAGAUUGUGACUGGGUUCGUGCAGAGCAACAUCCUUCACCACGGACUGUACGCUCCAGACACGUCUCUCUACCUUCCAAUCAAGAGUGUUGUUGAGGAUGUCAAGUACAAAGGCAAUAGCAAUGGCAUGCCGCCAGAGGCUUAUGCUAAGUCUAUUGUCGCAAAGUUGGUCCGGCCGCGAGUCAGCCCCGAAAUAUGGGAAGGGGCUCUAGCACGCUCUAUCCGCUUGCUUGUUAUGCUUUUACCAUUAUCGCUACUGAACUGGAUCUUCUACCGGAAGUUCAAACUCGACCUUGUCAAAGCUCGAGUUAACACUCAAGACCGGGCUAAUGUGAAAUGA